UGGCUGCUUCAAGCUGUCAGGGAAGCGGGCUAUAAAACAGAAAGGGACGGGACUGCGAGAAGGCAAUUGGUACUGAGGAAAGACAUACGGUUUAGUUGGCUGUGUCCUGUCUUCGGAAAAAAACUCUGCCUCACUGAAACUCGGAUGAUUUAAAGCAGAGGACUCACUAAGUAAUGCCAACGGACACUUGGACGUAAGGAGGAAGCUAACUUUUUUUGUUAGGGUGUGUAAAUACGCUUUAAGUCGACAGUGGCAUCAUAAAGUUAUAGUCGAUAUCGGAGUUUCGAGGGUAAUAUUUUGUGCAGAGACAUAUAAAAGAGGGAGGUUUGGGAUGCUGGUUCCUCGCGCGCUCCGCUCCUUGCUGUGCGUGCUGAGCUGCGCGUGGCUGCACACCGGAGCACCCUCGCGGCUCAAGUCCCCCGCUCUGCCCAUCCAGUCUGAGAGAGAACCGCUGCCCUCCAAAGGCUUAACAGGAUGCUCAUUCGGAGGACGAUUCUAUUCCCUGGAUAACACAUGGCACCCAGAUCUGGGAGAGCCCUUCGGUGUCAUGCACUGUGUCCAGUGCAACUGUGAACCUCAAAAGAGUCGCCGUGGCAAGGUUUUGGGGAAAGUUAACUGUAAGAACAUCAAACAGGACUGCCCAGACCUGGACUGUGAGGAUCCCAUCCUGCUGCCAGGGCACUGCUGUAAAACCUGCCGUAAAGGUGAGGAUGACAAGAAACACACAGGCUCUGUGCUGGACAGCUUUGAGUAUUUCCAUGAGAAGGGCAAGGAUAAGGAAGAUGACCUCCACAAAUCAUACAACGACCGAUCCUACCUUAGCUCUGAAGAGUUGGGUCCCAGGGAGAGCCGUACUGACUUUGUUGCAGUGUUGACAGGAGUGACAGAAUCAUGGCUGCCCAGCUCCAAUGGUGUUGCCAGAGCUCGCUUCUCUCUGACCAGAACUAGCCUGACCUUCUCCAUCACAUACCAGAGAAUGGGCCGCCCCAGUAAAAUAGGCUUCCUGGAUUCAGAUGGGACCAUUGUUUUUGAGUACAGAGUCCCCAAGGGACAGUCGGACAUGAUCUGUGGAGUAUGGAAGAACCUGGCUAAGCCUCAAAUGCGACAGCUGCAGUCUGAGCAGAUACGCAUCAGCAUGACCACAUCUACGGGCAGACGAGAAGAAGUGGAGGGGAAGAUCAUCAAACACAGGGCACUGUUUGCUGAGACAUUCAGUUCAACACUGACAUCGGAGGAGGAGAACUCAGGCAUGGGAGGCCUCGCCAUGUUGACGCUGAGUGACACAGAGAACAACCUCCACUUCAUCCUCAUCCUUCAAGGCCUCAUCCAACAAAAAGACAAAGAGCCCAUUUUGGUGCCCAUCCGAGUCCAGCUUGUCUACCGACAACACAUCCUGAGAGAGAUCCGAGCCAACAUCACCUCUCAUGAUCCAGACUUUGCAGAGGUGCUGACAGACCUGAAUAGCCGAGAACUCUUCUGGUUGUCUCGUGGUCAGCUGGAGAUCACCGUGGCAACCGAGGGUCAGGGGCCGCGAAAAAUCUCUGGAUUCAUCACCGGCAGGAAAUCUUGUGACACUAUUCAGAGUGUGAUGUCCAGCAAUGACGCAUUGACCCCGGGGAAGACAGGAGGUGUGGGAUCGGCUAUCUUCAACCUCCAUGAUAACGGUACACUGGACUACCAGGUUCAGGUCGCAGGUCUCACCAGUGAGUUUGUUGGCAUAACUAUCGAGUUGAAGCCACGGCGGCGGAACAAGCGAACUGUGCUGUAUGACCUGACGCCAGAGUACAACAAGGCCACAGGCCGGGCGCUGGGCAGCUGGAGCCGCCUGGAGGCGCGACACAUCCACAUGCUGCUGCAGAACGAACUGUUUAUCAACGUGGCCACGACACACGGCCAGGAGGGGGAGCUGAGGGGGCAGAUUAGGGCCCUGCUCUACAGCGGCCUGGAGACACCCAGACAUGAGUUGCCCACUCCUCUGGCUGGCCACUUUGUAUCUCCACCAGUAAAAACUGGUGCCUCUGGCCAUGCCUGGGUGUCCGUGGACAAACAGUGUCACCUGCAUUAUGAAAUCGUUGUCACAGGCCUUAGCAAGGCUGACGACCUCACUGUGAAUGCCCAUCUUCACGGACUGGCUGAGAUUGGAGAAAUAGAUGACAGCAGCACUACUCACAAAAGGCUGCUGACUGGCUUCUACGGCUCACAGGCUCAGGGAGUGUUAAAGGAAAUCAGUCUUGAGUUACUGCAACACCUGGACCAAGGAACAGCCUUCAUCCAGGUCAGCACCAAGAUGAACCCCAGAGGAGAAAUACGAGGAAGGGUCCAUGUGCCAAACAACUGUGAGUUUGGGACCAGGGGGGAGACAGAGGAGUCGGAGUUUGACGACCUCUUUGCAAAGAACCCAGAGGAGCUGAAGAAAGACCCCCAUACCUGCUUCUUUGAGAACCAGCAUCACGCGCACGGCUCUCGCUGGACUCCCAACUACGACAAGUGCUUCUCCUGCAGCUGCCAGAAGCGAACUGUGAUCUGUGAUCCAGUCCUCUGUCCGGUGUUGACCUGCUCCCAAACCAUUCAGCCUGAGGACAAGUGCUGUCCAAUCUGUGAUGAGAGGAGAGAGCCCAAGGACAUGAAAGUUCCAGAUAGGGUGGAUGAACAUCCUGAAGGUUGUUACUUUGAAGGGGACCAGAAGAUGCACGCCCCAGGAACCACAUGGCAUCCCUUUGUACCUCCCUUUGGCUACAUUAAAUGUGCUGUCUGCACAUGCAAGGGGUCUUCUGGAGAGGUGCACUGCGAGAAGGUGACGUGUCCGGUGUUGACCUGCAGUCAUCCAGUUAGACGUAACCCCUCCGACUGCUGUAAGGAGUGUCCAGAGGAGGAGAAGACUCCAGCAGGCCUGGAGCACAGUGACAUGAUGCAAGCAGAUGGCCCAAGGCACUGCAAAUUUGGCAAGAACUAUUACCAGAACAGUGACACCUGGCAUCCCUGGGUACCAAUGGUGGGGGAGAUGAAAUGCAUUAACUGCUGGUGUGAUCAUGGUGUGACCAAGUGUCAGAAAAAGCAAUGUCCAGUACUUACCUGCACCAACAACACCCGCACAGAGGGCGCAUGCUGUCCGGAAUGCCUUGAUCCCAAAGAGGACGGUGAUCAGAUGAUGAAAGCUCCAGACAAGAUGCGAACCAGGAGACAGUGAUUUGUGUGGACCCACAAAAACAACACCGCUCCUCUACCCAUUUAACCAAUCCUCUCUCUGACGGACCCAAACCCAGAGCUGCACACUGGGUCCCCCCCACCCCCUCCCUCACCUCACACCCACCCUGUCAUCAGCUUCAGGAUUGUAAUGAACAGAGAAGAGCAGAUAUGGAGAUAUGAUAACAAAUAUAUAUAUUUCCAAAGACUUGUUAAAUGAAGUUAUGAAGCUAUGAAGAGGACCAUCCAGACUUUUUGCCCUCUGCUUUACGAUUUCGCUGGAAUCUUCUUUUUGCUCAGUUUUUUUUUUAAACAGCUUACCAGGACUGGAAGGUAUAUAUAUAUAUAUAUAUAUGUAGAAAUAUAACACUGCUGUCCAAUGGGAUUCUCAGCUUGGUUUGAAGGACAAACUUUGGUAAGAUUGUGCCAGUUGUUUUUCUUUGACAGGGCUUCUUUUUGAAGUACAGCCAUAGCUAUUGUAGCUCUCACCGCUCUCACUGGAUACAGAGGAAAGUGUUGCUUAAAUCUGUGUGAAUGUGUAUAUGUGUGAGUGUGCUUAUAUGUGUGUGUUUUACCAGUAAAUAUGAAUGAGCAGUAAUACAGAAACACAGUUCUGGGUGGCAAAGCAGGGUUAAAAAAAA